AUGCUUCCAUGGACCUUCUUGAUAGCUGCUGUGGCAGCAGUUGAAUAUGUCACUGAGACCAAGGUUAGGACUCAUAUCACUACUAUCACUUCUUGUCCUAAUGGUGGAUGUACUAAGAAUGUUCCUGAUGAGGAUAUCACCACUAUUAGGAGUACUAUUGUUGACUGGGUUACUACUACUUACUGCCCAGACUCUGAGGAGACUGGUUUCGAGGAGACAAGCACAACGCCGGUUGCUGAAGAGAAACCAGCAGAGCUUCCUUCUACUGAGUGUGAGACUACAGAGACUCCAAUUGAGGAGACGCCAGUUGAACCUACUACUGACUGUGAGACUACAGAGACUCCUGUUGAGCCUACUACUGACUGUGAUACCACUGAUGUCCCAGAGGAGCCAACUACCGACUGUGAAACUACAGAGCUUCCAGUUGAAUCAACCACUGACUGUGAAACUCCUCCUGUUGAAGAGACACCGACUACUGACUGUGAAACUACUGAUGUGCCCGUGGAGACUCCUACUACUGACUGUGACACUACUGAUGUUCCUCCAGUGCCAAUCACCAACACUAUCAAUGAACCUUGUGAAGAGUGUGAACAGCCAACUCCAUCUGAGCCAACUACCUUUUCUGAGCCAGAGGUGUCUAUUCCAGAGGUUUCCACUGAACCAGAAGUGUCUACCACUCCAGAGCCAUCUACAGUUCCAGAGCCUUCCAUUCCAGAGGUUUCUUCAGAGUCAGUUCCAGAGACUUCCAUUCCAGAAGUUUCUUCAGAACCAGUUCCAGAGACGUCCAGUGAGCCAGUGGUUUCUGAACCUGAGCCUACUCCAGAGACUUCGAGUGAACCAGAGACAACCCCAGAGACUUCGUCUGAGACUCCAGAGACUUCGUCUGAGACUCCAGAGACUUCGUCUGAGACUCCAGAGACUUCUUCUAAGGUCACUUCAGAGGUUCCAGAAACCAGUUCAGUUCCAGAGACCAGCUCAGACGUCCCAGAAACCAGUUCAGAGGUUCCAGAGACUUCCAGCGAAGCUCCAGAAACAUCUUCUAGUGUUCCAGUUCCAGAGUCUUCAGAGACCCCAGAAUCUUCUACAGUUCCUGAGUCGUCUGCUGCCCCAGAGACUUCCAGCCCAGCAGAGUCCUCAGAAUCAUCUACCUCAGUCAAGCCAGUUCCUUCUACUUCGGUCGAAUCUUCAGCUCCUCCUCCAGAACCAGUCACCGUCACUCUGACUGUUCCAUGCGGUGAAUGUGAAAGCGGCUACACUGUUUCUACGCUUACUUCUUACCCAGAACCAAGCACUGUGGUUACUACAGAGACUGAGUCUUGUGAGACAGACGAGGUUCCAGAACCUACUCCAGAGACUACUCCAGAGACUACUCCAGAGACUACUCCAGAGACUACUCCAGAGACUACUUCAGAAACUACCACCCUGGAGACUCCUCAGGACUCGAACCCUCCAGAGACUACCACGCCUGACGAGACCAAAGAGACUACUACUACUUCCACCAAGACUCCAACCUCUACCAAGGUAGAGUCUACUCCAGAAGAGUCAGUUCCAGUUGAGUCUACCCCAGUUGAAGAAACUCCAGCCAAGUCUACUCCAGUUGAGGAGACUCCAGCCGAGUCUACACCAGCUAAGUCUACGCCUAAGGAAAGCACUCCAGCUGAAGAGACUCCAGAGGAAUCCACUCCAGUUGAAACCACUCCAGUUGAAACCACUCCAGGUACUACUACUCUGGCUUCUGCUCCUCCUCCAGACUCUCCAAAGGAAAGCACUUCUCCAGAAACCACUCCAGUUACUGAAUCUCCUUCUACUGAGACUCCAAAGGAAGAGACAACCACGCCAGAAGACCACACCACAGAGAAAACCACCAGUCUUGUCCUGACCGUGUUUGUUCCUGGUGAACCAUCCACUCCUCCAGAGUCUCCAAAGGAAUCGAACCCUCCAGAGUCGCCAGAACCAUCCAAGCCAGUUGAUGAACCAGCACCUUCAAAGCCAGUUGACUCUCCAGAACCAUCCAAGCCAGCUGACUCUCCAAAGCACUCUGAACCAACUCCAGAUGCUACUGAACCUGCUCCAGAUGCUACAGAGACUCCAGAACACUCUGAGCCAGCACCAGACGCUACCGAAACUCCAAGUCCUCACCAACUGGAGCCAUUCAAGUCUGUCUUGCCAAAGACGUUCCUGCCAUCGCCAGAGGAACCAUCUGCUUCAGCUCCAGAGGAGACUUUCACUCCUUCGACCUUGUCGUACUCUGCUCCAAGCUGUACUGGCGAUGACUGUUGUACUGGAGAUGACUGUACUACCACAUACUCGAUCAACGAGUCUGUGACGAUUACUCAGUCUACGUUGGACAUUUCGUCUUGGGAGGGCGGUGCUUCUGGGAAGCUGAUUUCGCUUAUGGCUGUUGUUGCCUGGGUUUUGUUUCUUUAA